AUGACAAUGCCUGCCGAAGGCGUGCUGGACGAUCAUGGCAUUGCUACAAUGUCACGUUCCUCCAGGAUCGACCAGUUCCUGGCGGCCGGUGGAGGGCCGCCUUCUUCACCGACCAUUCGUGGAUCCAGCGGGGGUUCCGGUUCUUCCAGUGGAGGCGGACGGACGCCUUCCUCUUCCGGUGCCCCGGGGGGAUACGAUGGCCAGUUGGGAGGAUUUCCUGCUCACAUGAUGAACCCCGGAGCCAGCCAACAUCACAGUCGUGAGAGUUCUGCCUUUGUACCCGUACUACCGUCGAGAUCGAUGCGACCUGGAUUGUAUCCUGGGAUGCUCGAUGCCCCGGAUGGGCUCUCUAAGGAAGGAGUCCCCAAGCGAGGUUCCAGCUACGAGCUAAUGGCUAUGAUGGCCGAUAAGCGAAAGGAGCUGGCCCUCCGAGAAGCAGCCGCCGCCAUGCUUCUGCCAAGACCUGGAGGACCUCCGGUACAAUCCCCUGGAGGCAUUUACCCACCGGGUGCCUUCCUCGGAGGCCCAGGUCCCUCCCCUACCUCAGCCGGAACCUUUACAUUCCCACCGGCCGGCGUUGGCCUUUACCCUCCCGGCGUUCCUGGAAUGCAUCCCGGUCUAGACCGAAGAUUGCUGCGAGCCCCGGGCCGAGCCUCCCGCCCGAAAAAGCAGUUCAUCUGCAAGUUCUGCAACCGCCAGUUCACCAAGUCCUACAACCUGCUGAUCCACGAACGAACGCACACCGACGAGCGGCCCUACUCCUGCGAUAUCUGUGGGAAAGCCUUCCGGCGGCAGGACCAUCUCCGAGACCACAGAUGGAGACUGUUGAAGAGCAUUGUUGAUGGCGAGCUUUCCGCAACACCAACAACAUCUUUCAGCCAUCGCCAAUCAGCAGACAACUGCUCACCGCAGCAAGUCGUGGUCCAGCUUGGCUCUGGCGUCGGCAAUGAGAUCAAAGUCGGAUCAAAGGAUUCCCGACUUGGGCACUCGAGUGGAUUGCCUUCUAGCUUAGAGACCAUCAGGCUUUCACCAGAAUACGAAACACGCGCUGACGAAUGUUUGCUAUACCUUCUGGAGUUCCUCAAGGAAGUCAUCUCGGACCACUAUUAUAAAUGGAACGUCGAUGCGGCCGCGAUGCAAAAAGAUGAUGACAAAGACGACGACGACGAUCAAGAUGAUGGUUCCGCGGGACCGGCAAUUCAUUUACCCGAUGGGUAUCGUGUAUGCGUGGCACGAUACAGAUCUUCGGUCAUCGAAAUCAUCAUCAAAAUCUGCAUUUCAUCUGCAAAUCCAAUUAGUAUUCCAUGUGUCGCCUUUCUGCGGCAUACCAACGCCAUAUCGGUUAGAAACGCCCGUUUACGUCUCCGGGCCCAGUUCUGGAUUGACGGAAUCUUGCCCAUCAUCGUCAUCGUCGCUCCUCUUGUCGUUGCUUUCUAG